UUUAGUCCGUUUUCCGGACAGUUUAUAUGCUUUACUUUACUGCACAUCCGAUAAAUAAAAUGUAAAUACUGUUGCUGUUAACUGUAACAUUGAAAAUUGAUAGCGUUUUAACUACUGAACUGUAAUAUAAAUCAAGUGCACUCCCACAAGUGGUAAUUUGAUUUUCUGUGUUUUGGUCACGUAGUUGGUUGUUCACUUUAACUGAGCGUAUUUCUCGAAAAGAUGAGUUUCACAUGCGAAUCAAUAAUGCAAGCAGUCGCUCCAGAGGGCACUGAGUCAAGAUCACGAUCGAAAGUUACUGUGGUUGGUGUCGGAGCAGUUGGAAUGGCAGCUGCUUUUUCUCUAAUGCAUGUCGUCGGAGAGAUUGCCCUCAUUGAUGUAGUUGCAGAUAAGGUCAAAGGUGAGGUUUUAGAUCUUCAGCAUGGUCAGCAGUUCUUACGGAGAUGCAAAGUAAAUGGAGGGACAGAUUACAAAUUCUCUGAAAACUCAGAUAUUGUUGUAAUUACAGCUGGAGCGAGACAGAACGAAGGAGAAUCAAGAUUAAAUCUAGUGCAGCGCAACGUGGAAAUCUUCAAGUUCAUUAUCCCGAACGUUAUCAAGUACAGCCCGAAUUGUAUAAUCGUGGUCGUUUCAAAUCCUGUUGACGUCUUAACGUACGUGGCACAUAAGCUGAGUGGAUUCCCAGCACAUAGAGUGAUUGGAACUGGAACAAUGCUUGACUCAGCCAGAUUCAGGUUUCUUUUAGGUGAGAAACUAGGUGUUUCUGCCAAUUCAGUUCAUGGUUACGUAAUUGGUGAACAUGGUGACUCCAGUGUCCCUGUUUGGAGUAAUGUCAAUGUUGGUGGAGUUCGCUUAUCAUCUGUAAACCCGGCUAUAGGAACCGACAAAGAUGCCGAAAAAUUCGAUGAGAUUCACAAACGAGUGGUACAAAGUGCUUAUGAUAUUAUACGUCUUAAGGGCUACACUUCGUGGGCCAUAGGGCUCACUUGUCAGUCACUAUGCAACUCAAUUUUGAAUAAUCUUCAUACAGUGUAUCCCCUUUCUGUUCCUGUUAAAGGCAUUCAUGGUAUAACUGAGGACAUCUAUCUGAGUCUCCCAUGUCUUGUCACUUCAGCAGGCAUCAGCCAUGUGAUUCAACAACAACUUAGUCCUUCUGAGCUCGAGAAACUUAGACGCAGUGCCGCCACAUUGAGUGAAGUGAUCAAAGGUAUCAAAUGGUAAUACAACUUAUUCACGGGUAAAUAUAAAACGGUUUUUGCCAUCAACUUUAAUUUAAAAACAAGUUUAUUCUCUACUUCUGUACUUGUUGCUUUAAACACAAAAUAAUAUUUAGCUGUGCUUAUCUGUGUAUUCCCAAGUUAGUUGUCUAAUCUUCAGUUUGAGCCUUGGUAAUAAAUUUAUGUGCUUAUUUGCUUUUAUUCUGAAUAUGCUGAGACGGUGUUUCGGUAAAAGAUGCGAGAUCAUUUUGGUACUUUAGUGCGUU